AUGCUGAAAGCAAUUUGCAUGCCUGCUGCAUCAAACUUUAAGGACUGGUUUGAUUGUUUUUUGAAGUUUCAAGGCAAGGAUGGGGAUGCAACACAGGUGGGUGAGUAUGCUAAGGCAUUCUUGCAAGAGUAUUGGAAUAUCCAUAAGAGGCAAGAAACACGUCGAUAUAAGGAGCAUACCAAAUGGGUAGCACCAGAUGAGAGUUAUCUAAAUAUUAACAUGGAUGGAGCUUUCUCUAAAGAAGCAACUGGCGUUGGUGUGGUGGUGAGGAAUCACUUGGGUCAAGUGGAGGCUAUAAUGGCUACACGGGUCGAAGGAGCUCACAAUGCAGAACAUGUGGAAUGCUUGGCUUUUCUCACUGCUUUGGAGUUUGCAAGAGACUUUGGAAUCUCGCAUUUCUUGCUCGAAAGGGAUGCUUUAAAUAUUGUUCAAAGGAUUAACAGCAAUGAACCUGAUUUGUCAUUGAUAGGUAACUUAAUCCAUGGCAUCAGAGCUAUGCUGCAUACUUUUGAUUUUGUCAAGGUUAGUCAUGUGAGGAGGACCAAUAAUGUCCCUACCCACAUCAUGCCAAAGUUAUCGUUAUCUUUUGAGGGAAGUAGAGUUUGGUUUGUAAACUUCCCCAAGUCUGUUAUUGAGGCUGCUCUUGUAGAUUUGCAAUGA